GCGACAUGCCGCCGCGGCACUCAGUUGCGCGCCAACUCUCGAGUGGGUCUGUUGUUGUCGCAUCGAAGUUCCCUCACUCUCGAGCUGCACGUAGCGGGUUCUUCCGUGUGUAUUCCGAGUGCGAGGGGCCAAGAGCGUACAGGAACGAUACGAACUGUGCGCGUGGGCGUCAGUAAACCGCGUCAAACUGCUGAACGAACGCGCGUUGACACGCGGAGCAGAUGACGGGAGUUAACGUCUCGAGAUAACGUCGUCAAACGGGAACGUGUGACCAUCGUCCUCGAGAUCUCGGAAUAUAUAAUCCGAGGACAAUUAAGUAAGUAUCUGGAAUAGUGUCAAAAUACGCGACGAGCGCGUCUUGCCGAUUUCAAGAAAACGCGAUUCGUUUGUUGUGACGGUGCAAUACGGACGACGGUAGAGAUACCCGACGAAAAGUACUUUCCUCAUCUCCCGCCGGCUCGUCUUGGACGACGUAGUACGCGCUACGACGCGCCGAAGGAGAGGGAGAUAUCUACUAGAAGCACAGUGAGGCGAACGCAACGCGCGGAUCGACGUUUCUACGCACAAACGGACGGGCGUACAGGUGGUCGCGGUCAAGUCCCGCGAAAGGAUUCCCGUCUGUGAUGUGCGAAUGAGCGAUGGAAUCACCAGUCAUGUAUGAUUCGGCGGCCCAUCAGGCCCAGGCCCAAGGUACGGCGGAUUUGAAGAAGGUCCAGGUGCUCAACAACAACACCAGCAAUCAGAACAACAAUAACGCCGCGACGAACAAUAAUAAUUCCACGCUGCAGAUCAAUCACAACCACAAUCAUCAGCAGCCAAAUAGCGCGGUGAAGCAGGUCUCCGGCAGCAAGGCGAGCUUGCAUCAACAAUACGCGGAGCAUUGCGCCGCUGCCGGCGAGCUUACCGAUCUCAACGCUCCAGAGAUUUCGCUGGAUCUCCAGAAUCUGAUCGACGACCAUCAGUUCGACAACCAGUUUCUGGAUAUGCUUGGUACCAAUAACAAUGCCAUAAAGCAUGUCAGGACAGGCGCAUAUCCGCGCACGACGCUCGCCUACAUGCCGCAGCCAGUGCACAGCGGUGCGACUUAUCAUCAGAACAGCAAUAGCUGCAGCGACAGUAAUAGCUCAAGUUCGGAGUCGCCUAGCAUCAAGGAAGAGCCGAUGGAUCCGGCGGACUACAGACGCCACUGCCCUCAGUAUCCGCCCGCCGGUUACAGCCCGGUGACGAAUAAUCCGUUCGCCAAUGGUGGCCAGACCUUCACCACCUUGACGCCAUCCACGAUACCGGGCGGUCAUUCAGGUGCGCCGGUCCAUCAGCCGCCAGCACGGGGUGGUCCUAUGAAGGGACCGGUAAUGGCCCAUCAGCAUCACAACGCCGCGAACGUCGCCCGGAAGCAGACCAAGGCCAUCGACAAGGCGAGCGACGAGUACAGGCGACGGCGAGAGAGGAAUAACAUCGCCGUGAGGAAGAGCCGCGAGAAGGCGAAGGUGCGAUCGCGUGAAACCGAGGAGAAGGUCAAACUGCUGGUAAAAGACAAUGAUGUACUGAAGAAACGGAUCGAGCUGCUCAAUGAGGAGCUUAAUGUGCUCAGAUCGCUAUUCAGCAGCGUUGGCGUAUUGCCCGAACAACUGCAUCGUGAGAUCUCUAGGCACCUUGACCAGUUCCAGCAGCACGCGAUUGGACCCAUGUAGCAGUAGCAGCAGCAGCAGCAGCAGCAGCAGCAACAGUGCACAGACAUUGCCGCGCAAUUCGAGAUGACAUCGUCUUCCGACGACAUCGUCGUUGACUCGCGUCCCCGGCGGGCUAUCAGACCGCUCCGAUUGUGAGAUGAAGUCAAUCGCGUUUUCUGCUUCCUCCCGCGUCUCCCCGCAGCAUCUCCAAGAAGAGAAGUUAGCUUUUUCGUCCUCCGUCUCUCUUCAACUUGCUCAUUCUGUCUUUCUCCGCCUCUCCUUUUCCUCCUUUCAUCUUCUACGUCGUCCUUUAUAUCUCAUUCGGCUCGAAGCGCACGACGCGAACGCACGUGCACGCGUGCGUGCGUGCGUCGUCGUUUGCGUCGAGAACCGCGAAGGCGCGAGCGUGGGAGGGAGAAGGGGGGAAUCGGCGUGACGAGUCGCGUAGGAAGGCGAGCGAGAAGAGCAAGCUACUUUACGCGAGCUUGCGACGCCUGAGAAACAUGGUCGGCGCGAUCUACGUAAGAACUUCGCAUUUCGAUAGAAGAGAAGUGUACCCGAGACGAGCAGUCCUUUGCUCCAGAAAGUGCUGUUCGGAUGCUGAAAAAGCGAAAAGGGGAAGAGGGCAAACAUUGAUAAAUCAUGAAGAAUCAAUCGCGUGAUCCGCAAGCAAGCCAUCGUGUUGCGAUCUCCUGAAAUAGAGUAUCGAGAAUCGACGCUUAAAAUCGACGAAGAACACGAGAAAGACACAGUUCAAUUUUUUCUUUUUCUCUUUCAUUUAUCUUCCUUCGUCAUUCGCAUUAUUUCUUCUUAGUAUCUUACUUUAUUGUUCUUCCCUCUAACAAUUACGGGUUUAAAUAGGUAAGACUGGGUGAUCUAUCGAUUUCGAGACUAUCAAGCCCCCAUCGGUGACGCGCGAAAAAAAUCGCAACACGAAAGCGAGCUCCGAUUCGACAUUUCGAACAAAUUGUGUCUCAAUGUGAUUCACGCGAUAGAAUCCUCACUUUAGUUGUAUAUUAUGUUUUCGUACUACACAUAAACAUGGACACACACUUAACACAUCUCCAACGCGAAAGACAUGCAUACACGGCGUUGUAUUUAGAUUCGGUUUUUAGAUAAUGUUAAAUUAAUGAACUUAGGCUAUUACUCUUCAAUUACCAAGUACCUAAAAAGUCAUAUCGAAACACGGUGAUCUGUAUCAACGUGGCUCGCAUCAACAAUCGUGCAUUCAUGAGACAAGUCGAUAUCUAUCUUCUCUCGAUAUGUAUUCGUUCGUUGUAUUUUGACGAAGCAUUGUCAAGCAACACAGCCGAGCACUUUAUCCACGCGCUCUUGUAUUAUAGUUCUAAUUAAUUUUAUUAUUAUUAUUAUAUUUGAGAUGUAUGUACAUAAAAAGCUAAUAUAUUUUGUUAGAAGAGAAGCAGAGAGAAAAAGAGAGAGAGAGAGAGAGAGAGAGCAUGUGAGAGAAAACGACCGGAAAGACUGGGGAAUAGUUGAGCGGAUUGUAUAUGUGCAUGCGUGUGUGAGCCCGUAUACGUGCGUACACGUAUAUAUGAGAUGUCGCGUGCGCGAAUGCGUCGGGAGAGACGAAUUGUUGUAAUUGCAUAUUUUAUUAACGAGACGAGAGUGAGACCAAUAACCAAGCGAGAGGCGGAAGAGUCAGAGAAUCGUAUAUCGAAUGCUCUAAGCAUGCAGUGUAAUGUAACUAAGUAUGAGGUGAGACCGCGUCAGCUCGUACGCAAAUCCGAUGCGUACAACAGUCAGCAGCCGGUGUGCAUCGUGCGUUCGUCACGGUCGCACGUAUCAUACAUGAUGUUCAUGCGCGCGCGUUACUUGCGAGUGAUUUAAUUAUUUGCGAGCGAAGACGCGUGCAACCGCGUGCAACUAGUGUGAAUGCAUGAUAAACGUUAUGCACGCGUGCCUUGGUGUAUGACUGACAUAUGAUGUUAGGGUACGAAAUUACCUGUCACGGUUGUCUUCUUGUCUAUGCACAAAUAUAUUUUGAUAUGAAACGUAUAAA